AAUUUUGUUGGAGAAAUUAUUAAGAAUGGAAGAUGUGAAACUUUUGGGCACAAAAGAAAGUAUAUUUACUCAAAGAAUAAUGUGGGCACUUAAGUUAAAAGGCAUUUGUUAUGAAUUUAUUGAGCAGGAUUUUUCCAGCAGAAGUAGUCCAUUGCUUGUGAAACUUAAUCCAGUUUACAAUAAAGUGCCUGUUAUUGUUCAUGAUGGAAAAUCAUUAGCUGAAUCACUUGUUAUUCUUGAGUAUAUUGAAGAAACAUGGCCACUUAUUAAUCCUUUAUUUCCUGUGGAUCCUUUUGAAAGAGCUUCUGGUCGUUUUUGGGCUCGUUUUGUUGAUGGCAAGUUCUAUGAAGCAGCUAAGAGGGCAUUUUUCUCAUCUGGAGAAACAAAAGCAGAGGGGGUUGAAUCAGUGGUAGAGGGUUUACAUCUUCUUGAAGGACAAAUAAUUGGGAAAAAGUUUUUUGGUGGUGAGAAACUAGGGUACCUUGACAUUAUAAUUGGUUGGAUUGCUUAUUGGUUCCAAUAUAUUGAAGAAAUUGGUGAAUUCAAAGCAAUGGAUUCAACAAAAUACCCUUGUCUACAUGCAUGGAUCAACAAUUUCAUUCAACUUCCUAUUAUUCAACAAAGUCUUCCUACACCUGAUGUUGUCAAAGCUGUUUUUAGGGGAUUCAAAGAUGCUGCAGCCUUGGCUGGUGCAAAUUGAA